AUGGAACGUGUAAACGAUAAAAAUUGUGAACCUCCAAUGUUCCUUCAGCGCCCCUCAUUGGGUAGUUCACAAGACAUUUCACAUGUUUUGGCGCGUGUAUUUCGGGACCUUACAAGAGAAAGUGUUGGCGAACAGACCGUAAAGAACUUGACUAUUUCAAGAAGUGGAGAGGAACGUUAUCACGAAGAAUAUGUAGAGAGAUUAGCAAAGGUAAAAAGGUGUCUGCUUCGUGCUUUAUACAAUAUAUGUAUAUAUAAAUUUGACAAUUUGUUAUAAAAAUUUAAUAAAUGUGCUUGCACUCAGUUUGGCCCUUUGGGGUCCGGAUUUUUGUCUGGCUCUGAUGCAAAUAAUUUGUACUGUCAACUACAAUAUAUAGCACUAUAUUUUAAUAAAUAUUUGAAUUUUUGCAUGGUAAAGAAUUAUUUGUUUUAAAACCUAGCUUGUGGGUACAAAUUCUUGCAGGGUCAUGGUCAUGCAGUAAUAAUGGUAUGGAAAUUUCGAGUGGAAUUUUUAUACAUUUAGGAAUGGUUGACAAAUUAUAGAUUUUGUCCUGUUGCGCAGACUUGUUCUGCGAUGGCUCUGACUCCCUCCCCCAUUGCGGACCAGUCAAAUCUCUUGUUUCACAAACUAAAUUUGGCUAUAUUCCUGACUGGAAAGUUUGGAAAUUGCGUGCCGGAGAUUCUGCGGAAUACAAACUUUCCACACUGGGCUAUAUUCAGCAUGUAUUAAAGGUAGGGCCUCGACAGCAAGCUAUUGUUUCUGGCAAAUUUAUGGUGAAUUAUUAUAUACAUAUCUUAUUAUCCUAUCAGAGCAUGCCAUAAAAGAAUGGAAAAAUUUGCCAUCAGAAUAUAUGUCAUCUAAUACUUGCAGUACUUGGUAUGGUAAACUGUAAAGUACCCUGGUAUACAUUGUAUUAACAGGGUUUUUUCAGGAUUUUCUCUUGGGUCCGUUUUUGCAGAGAAAAUUGAGUUUAGCUGAACAGCUGGGGUGGCUGCACCCCCUCCCCCUUCCGGGGGCUGACACUUGUACUCAAUAAAUGUAGUUGAGACGGAAUGUGUUAAAGCAGGGGCACUGAGGGAUGAGCUGAGGGACACUAUUAUAAACUAGUUAAAAAUGGUGAAUGCAUAGUUUUUCUUGUGUUGUAACUUUCUAAGAUGAAUUCCAGCCAUUUUUUCUUAAUUGUCGGGUUUCCAACUGAAAACUAAUUUCCACACGUCACGAAUUUAACUCAAACAACUUCAUCUUUACUGCACUGAAACGUUGGUGAGAAAAUUGAGUUUCAAAACUCAAUUCAAGAUUGAGUUUUUGGGGCCGUUUAACGGCCCUAAAAAAUCCCUGAAAAAAACCCUGUAUUAAUUCAUGUAUACCGGACUGAAAACUCUAGGAAUAUGGACACUUAACAUAUACCCUUUAUUAAUUAUCCACAGACACGUUCUAACAGCAACAAUUACAGUCGUGCCAAUAGAAGUGUUCUGAAAAAUGUCGACCAGUUCAUUUCCUAGCCUGAGGGAACACCUCUGAACAAUUCCUUAAAAUUUUGAAAAUUUAUUUAAAAAGUUCCUAACUUCCUGUUUCAUUGACCAAUCAAAUUUUAUUUUGAGCAAUCUGAUUGGUCAAUGAAUCAGGAAGUUAGGAAGUUUUUAAAAAACUUAUCAAAUUGUUGAGGAAUUGUUCAGGGGAACUCCUCGAAGUUAGGAAAUGAACUGGUCAACAUUUUUCGGAACGCUUCUAUAUUCACAUGACUGUAACAGACACUAAAUCUUGUAGUUUGUCCACUUGUAGAUUGUUUCGUUCCAAAACAUGUUACAUGAUGAGCAAUAUCAUGCAAUUUGACAUAGUAUUAAAUAUUAUUAUAUUCAUAUAUUAUACUUUUAUUACUGUAAUGCCUUAUUGAAUUCUGAUUGUUUAAUUGGCUGUUUAUCAUGGUCAUGUGAUAUUGAAUAGAAAAUUCCUUUUCCCAAGAUUGCAAUGGAAUACAUUCCAUUGCACUCUUUGCGAUAUCAGAUACAGAUCGGCUAAGCCGAGAAAACCAAAGCUGAAGUUUAUGUAAAUCAGGACAAAUCUUUAUCUGAUUUACAGACAUUGAUUAAACGUUCACAUAAUCUUUUGUAUUUUCCUCGUGAAUUAUUAAAUAAUAAAUGAUUUUUUUAAACAACAGUGAUUUGUGUAACGGUGUAUAACAUAAUACACACUUCCGGAAAGUAUGUCACCUUGACUAUAGAGCCUCGUUUCCAUGACUGAGCACCUCGUGUCCAUGGCUUUGACUAAUGUCAGAUACACGAAAACGAGGCUCAAUAGCCAAGACUGUUGAAGACAAUACAUGCGCCUUGACUUGUAUAGAUCCAGUCAGAAAGACAGCGACAGCUAGAUGAGUUAUCCAUGCUUGAAACACAUAUUAUGCAAGCACGUGCAGCUGCGACUGCUGCAGAAGAACAGGAAUUACAACGAGCUUCUGAAGAAUGUAGCAAUUACGAGUCAUUGGGAUUACCACCAGGUAUUAAAAGUUUGCUUUUGCUUGUGGUUGGAUUUUACAUUUAAUUGAAGCUUAUAUUACGCAUAAAUAACAUACCUAACAUAUAUAUGUUUGGGAAAUUGAUAAUAUUGGGUUUUUUUAUAUAUAUCCCUGGGCGCUCUCGGGCGUUCCGGGCAAUAUUUAGUAGGACCGCACACAUAACUGUAAGUAUUUUAAUUAGACAAUACAGUUUGCUCUAGUUUAUUAAGUAUCAGAUGAAUAAAACUAUUACUGUUCCCGAGAAUGUUCUGAUGUUAUUAAGUAAUGUGCAUAAACAAGGUGCAACAGGCAUAAACAUGUAUUUGUUGGCUGAUUAUAGGUCUACCCCUAGGCCAACCUAUAGACCCAUUGCACAUGACGUCACAGCGCCGGUGACGAUGCAUCUGGAGGACAAAUUAGCAAUCUAUGCAUAAUAUAACUUUAAUUUGUAAACAAAGCAAAUUUUGUAAAACUUUAUAAUAAUUUCGUAUUAAAAUGGUUAAUUUUUGCGCUGUAUGUGAUUGUUGUACCCGAACAGAUAUUUUAAGGGAGCUUUAGCAGCGACUACGAGUGCGAGAUUCGUGAAGUGAAACGCAUGCUGUAUGCUUACGCCAUCGCGUACUGACGCGAAAAAGUCGUAGCCGUCGCCAAUCUGAGGACGAAAUUGUGGAGAAAUCUCGUAGUCCUCACGACGACUUUUCAAAAAACAAAGAAAGUUGGCUUUUUUUUGUUUUUCAAAAAUAAUUUGUAGCGUUUAUCCGGGAAAAAUAAUCUAUUAGUACUAAAUAUCUGGCUUGUUUUUAAUGUUAUGAUUUAUUUGCACAUUUUGUAGCGGAUUUUAGCCUGCAGGAGAUUUAGUUUAUAUGAACUUUUCUUUCGUUGUUUGUUUACUACUAUACAAGCAACAUUUGAACGGAAACGAGAACGUCUACAGUGAUUUCCUCGCACGCGAUUAAAUCUCGUACUCGUAGUCGUACUCGUACUCGCUGCUAAAGCUCCCUAUUGUUAGGGAGCAUCUGGAGGACACUCUAAGGAUUUGUGAUGUCAGUGCAAUGGGUCUAUAGGUUUCUAUAGGAAACCUAUAGGUUUUUAUAAGCAAUUGGAACAUUUUCUAUAGGGUUGCCUAUUUAACAAUUAGUCGCCGAAGGCGAGGUGAUUACAAGCCUAUAUUCACUGAGCCGAAGGCGAAGUGAAUAUAGGCUUGUAAUCACCGAGCCUGAGGCGACUAAUGGACCUUUCCCCUUAUAACUAAAAUUUCGAUCUAGACAAAAAUUUCAUCACAGCUUGAAAGAGCAUCACAAAAUUAGUAAUAUUCCAAAGUUUCGUUGCAAAAUCUUGUAAAAUGCGGAUAAUAUAGCCUUGCGAAGUUUGCCAUUUUUCAGUCAUUUUGUAUUACAAACGGGAAAUUGACAUCCGAUUCGGGUGUUGGGGCUGCAAUUUCCCGUUUGUAAUGCAAAAUGACUGAAAAUUGCAAACUUCGCAAGGCUCUAUUUUCCUCAUUUUACAACAUUGCGCAACGAAACUUUGGAAUAUUACUAAUUUUGUGAUACUCUUUCAAGCUGUGAUGAAAUAUUUGUCUAGACUUGCCUAGAUCAAAAUUUUGGUUAUAAGGGGAAAGGUCUAUUGUUUUAGUAUAAAUUUCCAGGUGUUUACAAACAAUAAUCCACACAACUUUAUAAUAAUUCACUUCAAAUAAAUUUAUUUUCACUAUAAAUAGUUUGUUUACAAAAUUUAAAUCUCAGACACGGCUCUAUGUCGCGUUGCGACUAAGCCAGUUUUUUUCCAAAUAUAAAAGCACGUAAAGUUAAAUAUUUUACCUUGAAAUAUUUUUAAACCAUAUUUUGUAGCUUGUUUGGGUUUUUUCGGAAUGCUAUCUUCUUUAAUUUUGGCAAUUUCCUCUUCUAUUACUACGGCAAAACGAGCAGCCAUUUUGAAAAAAAAGCUAUAGUCACUGACCAGUGACUAUCACUUCAGAGACAGUGAAUCUUGACCAAUCAGAAUGCAGAAAAAUCAAUAGUCACAUGGAAAUUUAUACUAAAAGCCUAUAGAGCUCUAUAGGUGCCUAAAGGCCUCUAUAGGGAAUAGGAACAUUUCCCAUAGGCCACCUAUCGACUUUUUUCGUUAGAGUAUUUCCACCCUUACUAACCCUUUUAUUGUGGCAGUAUGUUCAUUGUGAUGUAUCAUGUCAAUCAAUAUUUUCAGUGAAAUCUUACCUGCGAUACAUGAUGGAUGUAGCGUUAUUAAAGAAGUUCAACUUGAUCACUCCUGAUGACUAUGUCUCAACUGAAUAUCAAUCUACGCAUCCUCCGCAAGGUAUGCUUUUAAUGGCUCUUCAUAAUACAAAGAAAAGAGUUCCUCUGAUAAUUCACGGCAAACUGACGAAUUCCCCACUUGAGACAAACUAUCAGAUUAUCAGUGCGUAGUUUGCUUACACAAAUAUCAAUUUAUCAAUCUUUUCCCAACUUAAAUCAUAUAUCCUUACCCAUCCUCUUAUCCCAGAGUGUAUCUUAACCCGUUAGGUUGCAUUGUGCCCUAAUCUUAUUCUGUCUAACGCGGGACGAUUUUUUUCGUCAAGGAGAGAGCGCUGGUGCCCAAUGGGUUAACACCAAAAUCACAAACGGGCUUUGCGUAUAGCCAAGACCUGUGACUAUAGUGCAUGUAGCUGAAACGCCGAUGAAUGAUUCAAAUUUAGCUAUUAAUGCAAAAUAGAGAAUCGCCAAGAUCGUUAAGCUUGCAUAUCACAGGGUAUGGUGUAGAAUAAACAAUCCUUGGUCUUGGGUCGUUUCCGACGUUUCGAGUGUAAGACAUGGAUUCUAUAACUUGUAAUGCUAACAAGAAGCAAAUGCAUGCCAAAGGAUUGUCAAAUAGCUUGUAAUUUGUGCGUUAUGUUAACAGGGACUGCAGUUCCAAGUUAUGCUCGACCGACAACGUCAUCUCUCCUCCACACUAACAAAGACCGUAUCCCAGAUAACUAUAUGGAAGAAUCUGUAGAAGCAAUGACAUUUCCAUUUACUGCUGAAUCUCCACAGUCUACGGAAGAGAAAUCUUCAUUUAGAGUAUCAAAGAGCGUGAGUAUACGCAAGUAUUAUUUUAAACAAUGUGCAUGGAAAGAUGAUCCCUUUAUAUAGACUGAAAUUCAACAAACGAAUUCUCUUUUUUUCUCGAAUCUUUUUUCUCAAAUCUUAAUACAGUUACAGAACAAUGAAAAAUCAUGUUUGGGACUGUGCGAAAGGUGCCCGCUUCCGCUUAAUAUAGCAUUUACAUUAUUUAUGAAAUUUUCCGGACCCAAAUGACUGCUUGAUAAAAGGUGACCGCUUAAUGGGGUGCCUCUUAAUACAGUUUCGACUGUAUACACAGAUCACCUGAAAUACAGAGAAUCCAAUAUCCGCUGGAAGCUGAUACCAAGUGGGGGGUUGACAAGUGCUUCGAACAUAUACAGGUGUAAUUCUUGGUUACCUUUCUUAUCUUAUCCAAUCAUGACUGCAUCAUGAAAUGAAGCCACCUCCAUAGCCUUAGGGGCUAGCUCCCAAAUCAAAAUGCGUGCUUCAAAAACUAGUUGAAUUAAGAAUUAAUAAGCAAACGUUCACUGUAUUGUAUUGAAAUCUAUAAUUUGAAAUUGUAUUUUUAGGCGAGAUCUAGAGUAACAUCCUCGUGGCGAGAUUCAAUUAAACCAGGUCAAAGACACCGGGAAAGGACUGAUUUACAAAGACUGAAUGCUAAAGUCGAAUAUCUUCGCAAUCCACGUAAUAUUCCGCCUAAUUCGUACCCAACUUUGAUUAAAACUGACAAAAAUAAGUCCAAAAAGAUACCAACUAAGGAGCAACCUAGUACCAGGUAUUGCUGCGUUGUAUUUUGUAAUGUAUGUUAUGUACUAUUUAAAAAACGAGCAGGAGUGUUUUAUUAGGUUUAAAGCCACGAGCGCGCAGCGCGAGUGGCUUUAGACCUAAUAAAACACGACCUGCGAGUUUUUUAAAUGGCUUCAAAAACGUUUGCAUAAUAAGUCAAAUCUUUAUAUAAAAAUCUCUAUAUAAAAAUCUUUAUAUAGUUUGCAUAACAAUGGUCUUUUGUUAAAGUGUUCUUUAGCUGGUAUAAAGACGUAUGCACGUGACUAAUUUCUUACUCAAGAUUGGAUAAUUGCUUCAUGAAUUAUUAAUGAGUUUUUGAACCUGAUUUCCUAAAUAUAUUAUAUUAUAAUAUAGCAUUUGUAAAUUCUGAACGCUGAUUGGCUUAGAGCCGUGUUGAUAUAACUCGAUGUCAACACGGAAACGUUGGAAAAUUUAUUUCUUUAUGUUUCUUUGUGCUAUAUUAUAAAACAAAUAUAAAACAUUUUUUUAGAGUUCCGGUUCCGGCCGGAACUAGUAAAAAAAGCAUGGCCGGAACCGGAACUCUGUUGUUUCCGGGGGGAAAAAUAUCAAACGUUUUUGUGUCUAACAAAAGGUCACAGUAGGAAGAAAUUUGGACUACGCAAGGGAAAUGUACACUAUUAACACUUCAUUAUGACGUUUAACGCUUGUCAAUCUUUUUAUUCUAACAUUUGCGAGCUCUCUCCUUUAUGACUUGAAGUGUCUGCCUGUCUGGCAGCGGACAAAGUAACAUAUGACUAUAUAUGGCUUAAUAAAUUAGUUCCGGUUUCGGCCGGAACUUCCGGCCGGAACUUUUUUCCAGUUCCGGUCGGAUCCGGUUCCGGCCGGAACUUAAAAAACUGGUUCCGGUGCACCCCUAAUCUAUGCUUCUUACUGUGUAUGCCAUUUCAGCCUGUCUUCCCUUCUCUGCAUGCAGACCGUUCUAAAUGUUCUGAUCGGUUUGUUCCAUAGUAUCUAACCACCUUCUUCAUCUCAUCUUAUUACGUGUUCAUACGAUCUCAGCUUUCUCAUCUUCUCUACACCUUCCCACACCUCCUGAUCUCUUCACUCCUUACCUUCAGCGAACCCCCUAGGGUCUAUCUCAGUUCUGGCACCCCUGUCCAUCUCUUUAUGUCUUCUUUUUCCGCAUCGUUUGGCAUUCAACUCCGUAAAACAUCAGCCUCGGCAGUGUAGUGUAGAUUUUUAAUUUUAACUAUUUUCGCAUUUUCCUGUCACGGAUCAUGUACACAGUAUAAUAAACACUUGUUCCCUAUUUGUUGUAUAUUAGUGCACCGUCCUUUAAACCAUCUGAUGUCCUUAUUCCUUCACCAUCUCCAGUGGUUUUCAGAGAAUAUGAAGUUGGAGAAGUGUACGAGGUUUGUUGUAUAUUUUCCCUCCCAGUCAUAUAUACCAUGAGUAUCUUUCCAAGUUGUGUUUACAUGUUUAACAGUUAAUUGAAAGUUGAUCGUUACAGUGAAAAUACAAAAAGUGUCCCACUUCCGCUUCUGUAGUUUGUUGUGAUUUACUGUAAUUUGUUCUGUUUUUCUGUAGCGAUUACCGAUUUAUCGGCAAAUACUGCGAUAAAAUUUAAAUUUCGUUCCUUUUAUGCAAUGUAACUAACGAAAAAUGUAUUAUUUCCCUUUGCUACAAAUUAUCAUAUUUAAAAAUAGAAAAAACUAAGUUUUAUCGCCGUAUUUGCCGAUAAAUCGGUAAUCGCUACAGAAAAACAGAACAAAUUUCAGUAAAUCACAACAAACUACAGAAGCGGAAGUGGGACACUUUUUGUAUUUUCACUGUAAAUGUACUUCCCAGUUUUAAUUUCCAGGAAUGGAUCUAGCCAGAUCUGGUGGGAGAGGGCCGAGGGGGGCAGGUUCUCGCAGAGCUUUCGUCAUGCUUUAGGGUGCGACCGUUGACCAAGUGCGUAUCACUAGAUGAAGUUACGGAAGCAAGACACUAGUCUGACACUCCCAAUAAAUCCAUUCCUGUUAAUUUCUCUUUGAAGACUGCAUGACCCUAUAUAUAGAUUUUCUCUGAGUGAAAUAUCAUCAUUAUCAUGUUCCAUGUGAUAUUAAUACACCUUUUCGAUAAUUACGUCAUGAAUACGUUCUUGGCCCAGGCCUGACUCGUCCCCAGUCGUCUCUGUGAGCACGUGCGAAUUGGAAAGCGCGCACGACUGGGGACGAGUCAGGGCCCAGGCGCCUCAUUUUCAUGAAUCGUGAGCCAAUCACCUUCCGUCUUGAUUCAUGAGAGCGAGGCUCCCAGGCCAAGAAUGUAUUCGUGACGUAAUUAUCGAAAAGGUGUACCGUAUACCAUUAUCAUUCUUGGUUUCUGAGUACAAAAGAAUAUAACUUAAGGUUGAUUUCCACUGUUGCGUUUUUUUGUACGCACGUACACGCACGUAAAACUUUGAAUCCUUCUAUUUUUUAAAUAUUUUACAAAUCAUUUAACAAAUGCAUACUAAAACUUGCGGAACAAUAAAUUCUGUUGCUUUAUUUAUUUGGUUAUUUAUUAAGUAACAUUCAAAACGGAUUUAAAGUUUUACGUGCGUAUACGUACGUAUGAAAAACGCAACAGUGGAAAUCAGCCUUUAAUCUUAUAUACAGUAUAUUGAUUUAAGGUGAAGAUAACAAUCUGAUCCGAAUCUUGUAAUCUUUUAAGAUAAAACUGGAACUAAAGAACGUGUCUUCAUCAUCUCGUCAAAUUCGUGUUCUUCCACCAGCCACCAAGUUCUUCUCAAUUGGAUUAGGUAAGUAUGCAAGAGUAUAUUUUGAAUUCGAUAAGGUAUGCAUGUUUCGAGUGCAAAUUUGAAAACGAAACGAACACGAGUGACGUUUUCAUGUACAGUUUACAGAUUUUACUUGACAAAAGCCGUGGAGACGAGGUUGCUUUUAGACUACGUUCACACUCACCGGAGCGAAAUACAACGCAUUUUCGUGUACACGAAUUUACGUGUGUUCACACUACGUUGCAGUUUGUUUACAAAUUACUCUCGUAUAAACCCACUCACGUAUAAACCCAAAAUAUUUCAAAUAGCGUAAAGAAAUUUAAACAAAAAGCAUUCGAAUUUACUGUUUUGAGACCCGAGGUGCUUGGUUUGCAAGCGGUACGAAAAAGUAACGCCGUGUGUGUUCACACGAAGCCGCCAAGCGCUCCGUUUUCAUCUCGCUCCGUUUAGAAACCCUAAACCGUGCUCAAAUUGUUACGGCAAAAGUGACGGCGGUAGUCUUAGGCCCCAGAUACACGAUACAGAAUUCGCAUCGGAGCGACAUCAAUUUUACUGCUUCGAGGUGAAUUUGGCACUUAAAAUUAUGUUAAUAUAACAUAAUUAAACAAAAUCUUCAAAUCUGAAAAGUUGUAUAAGAGCAGACAAGACUGGAAAACACCUUAAAUUGAUGUCGCUCCGAUACGAAUCCGGUAUUGUGUACCUGGGGCCUAAGUCUGCUCUUCUGAAGGAUAGUUUUGUUUUUCAUAAUGAUGCUGGAAAGAGUUUAAAUUUGGAUUAUUGUGAAAUGUGACAUCAUAAUCGAAAAGCAGUUUUUCGUAUAUUAUUAUACUCAAAUCUGGGACAAGUUAAAUGCUUGCAUGUUAUUUGUAGUGAGUUUAAUUUUCCACUGAUGAUGGAUUUAUCUCCACCAGGUCAAUACCCUGGUGAACAAGGAAUCGUAGCUCCAGGCAUGAGCUGUCAAUUUGCUGUGAAGUUCGCACCUGAUUCCUUGACUGACUAUGUUGAUAAAAUACAGGUAAACAUAUUCUCCAAACGUCGAAUCUCGCAAGAUUUUUGUAUUUUGUUAUACAACGGUCACAGCAACAAUUAUGUUGCAUCUCGCCGAUUCUUGAUCGUAUGGAUCUAUUGGCCAGAAAAUAUGAAGUAAACUAAUCCACCAAGAUACCCUUCUACUAUAACGCAACCAGAUCUAAUCAAAUACGUUUAAUUUACCCGCUUAACCAAUCAGAUGCGUACAGGGCCAUUGAGAGGUAGGAGCAGUAGUCAAAUCUGAACCACUCCACAAACUUUGCUCGAAACGUCGGAUGCAUGGUUUUCAGAAAUUAGAAACUUUAAGAUUGACGUUUACGGCUAACCGCAAACUUCAAUCAGAUUUGAAGGUAAAUUCUACAAGUCUUCGACAGUUAAUUCAUUAGAGAUGUGCCAGGUACUGCUUUAUAUAAUAACUACAGUGAAACACGCAAUCUGAUUGGGCAACACCCGUGCAAGAUGAGAUAAUCCUGCACGGAAAAUUUUAAAUGCCUUCCGCGGGGUUUUCAAAAUGUCGGACAACGAAAACUUUUCAAUGCGUGAAAUAAACAAUAUCAGUAUAUUAAACGAGCGGCAAGUUCACCAAAACAGUGAACAAAGGUUUACAAUACCUACAGAGAGUGAAUUAACUUGACCAUUGUUUCACUGUAGUUAUUUUAUAAAACAAUUACCGAAUGGUCUUUUCGUGCAGGAUAGCGUGAUCCAUGCACUUGGGAUGUUUCUCCACUUUCGGAAAGCGUCAAAUCACGCUAUCCUGGAUCACGCUAUCCUGCACGGAAAACCAUUCGGUAUUCCUUUAUUGCUGGAUUGUAGUGGAUACCGAAUGGUGCCGAAUAGUAGUAUACCGGAUAAUAACCGGAUACUGUUGGUAGUACUUGGACGAUACGUCACUAACUUUUUGUCAUCAUAAAAUUGUCCGUUUAGUAUGUAGUACCAGGAUCACUUGUGGCACUUGCCUUUCACCUCUAAGGCCGCAGGUUCAAAUCUCAGUGAGAACUUCUCAAUGUGACUCGAACCAAGUCCUCAUGUGAAAAGAGUAGAAGUCAACGCUCUGCCGAAAGUCGUGGGUUUUCUCCGGGUACUCCGUGUUUCCUCCCACAGGGAAAGUUGACAGGGUGGUUUAGGCACACAUAGGUCUGGAGGCAGAUCAUUAAUGAGGUAUGGACUAAUAGUGGCUGCUCAAGCGCCAUUUGUAAGCUCAAGGUCUACCUCGGUCUGCUUCACGUCAGUCCGGUUCUAUCUAUCUAUUCAUAAUGUAACCGGUCACUGAAAAGCCCUGAUAGGGAGUGUGCUCUGAAAUAUCUAUCUACUUCCAACAGCUAACAGUUGACCUCAAAAUACGACUUGAAGUUUGCGGUUAACGGUCUGCCGUUAAACGCCAAUCUUAUAAGGUCUCUAUUAUUAGGCUACGUGGGAGAAACCAAAGGAGAUAACCUAGUUAAAGUAAAUUCAAUAUACAUCAGUUGGUUAAUAGUCCAAAAAUACCUUACAGAUACGUACGCAGCUGGAUGAUACUUUAGACAUAGCACUACUUGGAAAACGCAAGCCACCUCAAUUAACAAGUAGGUUGAAAGUAAAGUCAUUAAUAAAUUCAUUAUGUGUUGUAUGGGUUGUAAAUUCGCUAUAUGUGUAGUAUAUGUUACUGCAGAAUAUAGAAUUUAUACAGAAUAACAUUAUUAUCUCUAUUUCGUUUGUGUUGAUCGAUGUGGUGCUUUUCAUGCAUUGUCAUUUCAUGUACACCAGUGGCCAAUUAUCACUUAUUUACUGAGACCGAAGGAAACAGUGUGUUUUGUGGACCCGAGACCGUCGAUGUUUCAUGAAACAUCGACGGUCGAGGGUCCACAAAACACACUGCUUUCCCGAGGUCUCAGUAAAUAAGUGUUUUAUUAUAUAUCAAUAGUCAAAGAAACAACAAAUUAAAGAACAAAUGAACGUAAAUACUUGAAAUAUUUUAUUGUUAAAACGUUAUAUUAAACACUGGCUACACUGCAGUUACUUAAAGCGAAAGUUUUAAUUACGUACUAGGCAUGUCCAAAGGUCGCAUCUUCACGUGAUGGCGCACGUGAUUUUUUUUCGUUAUUCGCCGGUCGAUAACGUGUUAUCUCCCUCUCACGCUGUUGCGAGGGAGACAGCCUAAUUUCGUCACUCUCACGUGAUAUGCUCUCAACCAAUAAAACACUAGAAAAAUGCGACUUUGACUAUUGAUAUAUAAUAAUUCAGGUUAUUUUCACACGAGAGCGAAUGAAUUUACAACCAUAAUAUAUCAUGCAAAUUCGUCAGGUUUUACAGGCAUUAAAUGUUGUUUCGAAUUCGAUCAGUUUAUGCGACCUGUGUGAAUGCAAGGGCGGAUCGUGCAAAUAUGGGUACCAUUUCAUAUUCAUCAGAUGAUCUGUGAACGGAGCCUCAGGUGCUACCGCUGUCGUUCCUUUGCACUUUCUUGACCCAACAGAAUUAGGAUUUCACGUGAAGACAUUAUUUCCGUGCAACUUACGUUUACCAGUUAUCGUUCGAAAUAUUAAUAAACACUAUCCCCGUUCGCCGUUCUGUGUUUUCCAAUGCUUGGUCUUUUUCCAGGUUUCACGUGAUGUUUAAUUAGUCGCGCGUGCAACCCAAGAAAGUUGGAUGUGAGACUAAUUAUAUUAUUACGUCACUAAUUAAAUUAUGUCGUCACUAAUUUUAUUGCAACGUCCGUAAUUUAAUUUUUACAUUUAUUGUCAUUGUUACAUGACAAAUUAUAUUAUUACGUCACUAAUUAUAUUACGAAGUCACGUAACAUGUGAGAUUUUUGUGUGUAGUUCAACUUUCAUGGUGUGCACGCGAGGGCUGAAGGGAAGUUAGGGAACUGGAAAAUGUCAAGCUGGACAGCUUCAGCACAUGUUCAAAAAUGUUCGCUCGUCUCGCGCGGGCAAAGCGACCGUAAUGGAAAACGUUCUUUAUGUCGUACAAAGAACUCGAAUCUGACCAGUCACGCUGGUGGUGGACUUUAUCACAUCGCUUCCUAAAUAUUAGAGAGGUUCAGAUUUUGAACUACUGCUAGCAUGAACCAAUCAGAUGCGUUUAAUCUACCCGAUUAACCAAUCAAAUGUGUAAUCAGCCAGUGAGAUGUAGCGGUAGUCAUGGAAGUGAAAUCUGAACCUCUCUAAUAGUACAAGAGAUGCAGCAACUAACUUGUAAUAUGUGACUGCAAUACAAAAGAGAAAGUUAGUUUAAACCCAUGCAUUCAUGUGAGUACUAAUAAGUCAGUAAAUGUUAUCUUAUCCUCUGCUUUCAGUACCUACAAUACUUGACUGUGGAUACUGCUUAGUUGGUGGUAACAAAACUGUAUCAUUCAAGUGUCUGAAUGUUGGUGGUCCUGGACGAUUUUGCAUCCUGCAUGAAUCUGAAUGGCCAACAACGACAUGGAAGGUAUACAAUCCCCGAUGAAAUUUCUCGAACGACAGUUCUUUAAUUAAUAAGACUGCUCUCAAUAACCUUCAUUAGUAUAAUUACAUAGGUGAUUAUUGAAAAUUCUCCACGCUGAUUGGUUACCGUUGAGGUGAUUAUUACGCGAUAAUCACCUAAGCGAUUUUCAAAAUGGCGGAGCCUUUUUGUCAAUUAAAUGACGAAGAAAUGUGUAUUUUCUUAUUUUUUUCCAAAUAAUCACCUAUGAAAUUAUACUAAAACAAUUAUUACCUCAGGCUCGGUGAUUAUCGUGAAUAAAAACCUCGACUUCGUCUCGGUUUUUAUUCACCGAUAAUCACCUCGCCUUCGGCGAAUAAUUGUUAAUUAAUAUGUAGAAAACAGAUUUACAGCCAAUAUAAGUUAUCUGCAUCAUGGAAAAGUAAUACGGAAGGAAUACAUUAUUUAAUGUAGACUUACUAAGCUAAAGGGCAUUCGACGAUGGCUCGACGAAGGGCCUUCGCUCGAAAGGUCGAUGUUUUGCUUGUAUUUUUCAGGUAGUUGAAUCCCUCUCAAUGGACCUAUUCCCAAAUGAACAAAAUUUUGAUCUAGAUAUUGAAGUCUGGACAAACAAUCAGAGGUGCUGGAAUAUUCGAUAUUCCCCAAUUCUCCGGCUCCUCUGCGAAACAAUUCACCACAGCUUGAAAGAGCAUCACAAAAUUAGUAAUAUUCCGAAGUUUCGUUGCGAAAUGUUGUAAAAUGCGGAUAAUAUAGCCCUGCGAAAUUUGCCGUUUUUCAGUCAUUUUGUAUUAUACGCACGGCAAAUUGAUACUGCUUUCUGAAAAAGGUAGACUUAUCUAGAUCAAAAUUUUGUUCAUUAGGGAAUAGGUCCAUUCGCAGCUUUCUGCUGGUGUUAUUGUCACUACCAACGCUGCCACGCUGGCACAGACCGUUCCAGUUACUAAGCUAACUCAUAUUUAUGUCCUUUGCCGCCCAAAUCACAUUUUUGGACAACUCACCUACUUGGGGAAUAGGCAUUCUGGUAGCCAUAUUUCCAUGCUCGUUCAUACACUUUAAACAAACCUUACUUUUAUAAACGUGGUGGUAAUAUAUGUAUAAUAUUUGUAUAGUGGAGUCUGAGUAGCCCAGGUUUCUUGACGUUGGAGCCUUUCUGCAUGCAACCAGCGAUGUUUCAACUGCUUGAAGGAGAGGAGAUCGAACUUCAGGUAAUGAUUAAUAUUUCAUUACACUUUUCCUUUAAGCUACUGUAUAGAUAUAUAGUGUUCUUUAAACUUCUUGAAAUAGAUAAUUAUAAGUGUUUGAACUAAUUUUCAGGUAGUUCUAAUAAAUAUAAUCUACACUGCCCCCCCCCCCCUUCCCCAUUAAUCCUGACCUUAAUAUACAGUGCAUCGUGAUAAUUAUUUUUCAAAACAUUUUGUCUGUAGAGUAAAGCCUGGUUCACACUAGCCAUUCUGUCGGCGAUUUUUCUCCUCUUGGCAAAUGUGAUCGAAUGAAUGACAUGCAAAAGACUCAGAAUUGUUUACUUCUGAAAAGCGACUCUAUACUUUUGUGUGUGCGAGUUCACUCAUUUGCAUCCGUCAGAAGCACAAAAUCGCCGACAAAAUUGCUAGUGUGAACCAGGCUUAAUUAAAGAAAUCAUGAUUUUUUUUAUGUUUCUUUGAAUUUAGUUGACAUUCCAACCCUUGAGUGCAAAAUAUUACAAACACGAAAUUUUCAUGACCUGUGAUAAUUGUCAAGUGAAACAAUUCACAAUACAGGGUAUGUAUUUCUAUCAUGUACUUGCCUUGUUACAUUGUAUUUUAUUGCAUUCCAGUGUGCUUCAUUGUAUUGCACCGAAUAGUGUAUUAGUUCCUGUACUCUACUCUACUCUACUCUACUCUACUCUACUCUACUGCAAUGCACUGUGGUGCUGGCCCAUUAUAUUCCGUAUGCUCUCUAUUACACUGUUCCUGUAGUAAAAUCUCGGUCGGCGCCAGUGUAGAUAUAGACGGUGUGAUGGAUAUGCAACUAUACCUGAAAAUAUAAGCAAAACUAAAUGAAACAUCGUGCAAAACAUAUAUUUUUCAGAUGGUUGUAUAUCCUUCACACCACAGUUGUCUAAUGAGUAUAUAAUUAUGUACUAUCUUGACAAUGCUUGCGUUUCUCCACAGUCCACUGAUACCCAGUCUUUUGCGCGACCUAUCUAUUGUUUCGAACCUCAACUUAGGUCGUAUGCCCGGACGUUUGCAUCCUAGUUAGCGAACGGAAAUAGAGACGGAAAAUGUACUUAUCUGACUAUCUAAUCUAUCUGGACUAAAUUGCAUUCUUUUAAGAGUAAAUACAAUGUCAUGUAAACUACAUUUGUUCAAUUUUCAAUAAUUCAUCAAGGCCACGAGCGUUUAAGCGCGCAUUUCAGGAGGGGAAAGCAUUGGCAUCCCCUUUUGUGGCCUUUUCGGCGCUUUAAACAACGUUAACACUAAAUAGCCCAAUGUAUGCGCAGUCAUACCUGUAGAUUUUAUUUUUGUAGAGGUAGCCAAUCUUCAAAUGGAGCUAGGCUUUGCCACAUUCUCGUAGCCAGAGCCCAUCAAACACGUGGUCAACAGCAUGACAAGGGUCGAGGGGUACGAGAAUGGGUUGCGCCGCAACUGCAGAUCAAAAUUUAAUCUCUGAACGAAAUGCCAAGUGUGCCGCUAGGGGCUUCCAAUGGAAAAUCCGAAACUCGAGGCUUAGUCUGUAGGCUUAGAUACAGUAUCUAGCUUUUUCAUGAUAUUUGGAGUUGUACUUAGCUCCAAAUGAUUUUUGAAGUUAGCCAGUAACUCCACAAUUCAUAUUUCAACUCAGUUUUGAAUUACACAAGUUACUCAAGUGUAUAUUUUGGUUUGGAGUUAGCCCUUUAUAGACUUUGGAGGUAGCGUCGCUCCACUGCUUCCUACUUCCUGCAGCCAUGUGCGCAGUCUUUUGCCUGAUUAAGUGCGUCGAACAUUUUCCUUGCGAUAUAGUAUCUCCUAGUAAAUCCACUUAAUUCUACUGCAGUUUAUUUACUGUGUACUAAAAAAAUGACAGUACAGCAUUCUGUGGCGAUUCCUUUUGUGUAUUAACUUGUGCACGCAACUUUUAAAGGUGUUGGACAGACUGCAAGAGUUCAGUUUAUGUCAAUAGAUGGAGGAGUUAGUCAGGCUGUGAUUGGCGAAAGUUGCGAUCCGUCUGCCAAUCAUCUUGUUCGAUUUUCUGAUCAAAACCCGUGUACAACAGCAAAAAAGAAACUGGUGUUGAAAAAUAUGAGGUUUGUAAUACGUUUUGCACACUGAAGUUAUACAGUUGAUGCUGAACAACACGGGAUAGAAUUCUCAAGGUUUUGUGGUUUAAGGUGCCAAAGCUCUGACCAGGUGUUACUGCAUGGGAUGGCCGAUUGGGAUACUGUACGUACAUACGAAUACAGUAUAUGUACAACACACUCAACGCGGGAUAUUCAGUCAAACAAUUAUUCACCGAAGUAGACCAUAGCCUAUCGAAGGGAAGAUGGCUGUGAAACUCAUUAGAAUAACAAUAUAGCUCAUUAUCUAUAUGUUUGUCAACGUUUAUUCAUAAAUCUGGUCCUUCACCGUCACGUGUGUAUUUUUGCCAAAUCCACCAAUAGCAAUUUCCCAAUUGUUCGAGUCACAAAUAGGUAACUUUCCUGAAACAUUCCUAUUGUUUAGUUGGGCAAAAAUACAAUAUACACGAUGAAGGACCAGAUUUAUGAAUAAACAUUGACCAACAUAGAUAAUGAGUUAUAUUGUUAUUCUAAUGCGAUUCACAGCCAUCUUCCCUUCGGUGAAUAUCCUUGCACUAUUCACCGUCAUGGAGGUUGAAUAGUUUUAGCAUAUUCCAUAACAAAAAUAAAUGACCAAAUUUUUAAAUUAAUUUUGUAUUUCAGCUUCCGUAAUAGGUGAAACAAAGCAGUAUUUACACGCUUUUGGUAAUUUUAUUCAUCGGAAAUAACUUUAAUUAAUUAAAGAAUACCUCUACACACUGUUGAACAGUGUUUGGCGAAACCGCAGCUUCGUUUAGCAGAAAAAUUUGCUCGUCUAUAACCGGAACAAAACGACAGCCAUUUUGUAUUGUUCUGAAGCGAAUAGUGCAAGGGUAUCCGGAGCUGAGCAACCAAUCAGAUUGCGUGAAAAGCACUAUCCACCGCCGGAGUAUAUGCUAACAUGAUUUCUACAGUCAUAUCCCGGCCAUUCUGCUGCAUGUGGACAACAAGCAUGCAGUACUUCUAUAAAACUCGUAUAUGUGGAUUAGAUAUCCUGUAUACAUAUAUAAUAUUUCUGUGUGUUUAAAGGCCAUUUUCCAUUGCAGUCUCUUUGCCCGCGCGGGCGGAGCGUUCAUUGUUUUUUGAAGCCCGUCACGCCCGCGUGAGCAGAUUUUCAAAGCCCGCUCCGCCCGCGCGGGCAAAGCGACUGCAAUGGAAAAUUUCCUUAAGUCGGAAGUGUCAGUAUAGUCCGAUAACUUGUAUGUUAAACUGAAGACUUCGAUUCCCGGUCGGGACAGUCAGGAAGGAAUUUUCAGCAAGUGAUUCGACCCACAAAUUAGGUUUUCACUACAACUUCGUAUUCUUUCGCAUCUCAAAAUCUGCAGACUUUUCUCUUAGAAACCAUAUGAAGUUAUAUAAACACACUUGAAUGUUUCUUGCAGCAAUGUACCUCUACCUUUCAAGUGGAAAAUAAUGAAACCUUGCAUGAAAGAAACAGAGAAUGAUAAGAACAGACAAGAGUCCCAGGCUAUUGAUAAACAUUCCGUGUACAGCAUUAGUCCAAGCUCUGGAAAAUUCCAACCUGAUGCCAGUUUCGAGUUUGAAGUGACGUCAUCACCAAUCGAGGUACGUUCAUUGAACUAAAAUAUAUGGAACGCUACCUGCAGCCGGAAGUUUGAAGCCGCGAUUUCCGGUUAGAACCAAGUCUUUCCUCGCGAUAAAUACGCGCGGCCAAAACACAAGCAUUUAAAUUUGAUUUUAUAAAUUGUUUUAAAAAAUAUCCUUGAAAAUGCAAUCAUGUCGCUGCCGAAAGAUGUUUUUUAUUGAAUAAACUUUGUCUUUUUUAAUGAAAUUCAUGAAAACUAUGCCUAGUUUUUAUUUAAAAUUUACACUUACGUUAUUUGUUUUGUUUUUCGAAAUGCCAGGUGAGCAGAAUGCAAAGUUAAACCUAGUUUUGUCCCCGAGUGUGGAAAAAUAAAAAUCUUUCAUACGUACUUUUGACCGACCUUUAAACAUGACGAUAACAACCCUUAUGAGCCAUGAAUGAGGAAUAAGAAGAAAUAGAUAGUAUAUUAUUAUUUAUUUAUUAUUAUAAGUAUUUAUUUAUUCAUUUUACUUCACUAAAAAUUCACAUUUCACAGGUAUUUAUUUAUUUCUUGUUUACUUUACUAAAAAUUCACAUUUCACAGGUAUUUAUUUAUCCUUUGUUUACUUUACUAAAAAUCCACAUUGUUUCCUGCCAAUGUUCCCAAGCCGGCCAAGGUGGGCAAACGGAGAAACAAUGUUUCCGCAACUGUAAUCUUAGUCUGAACCUGGUAGGAAACAUUCUUGUUUCCCAAGAAGCAAAAUUGUUUCUGCAACAAUGUUUCCACAGGUGGGCAAAUGGGAAAACAUUUGAGGAAACAUCGAGAAUCACUAAUGUUUCUGCAACAAUAUUUCUUAGUUUGGGCUUAAUUAUACACAAAAAAAACAAACAUAAACCUGAUAUUUGUGAUGUUACUCUGAGUGUAUAUCCACACCGGGCGAGCUUGAAAAAUAUGCCCGGCCAUGGUGGGAUUCGAACCUACGACCUUUGGAAUACUAGCCAAAAAAAAAUCAUAUUACUAGAAUACAUUGGUAUCGAAGGAACUAGAUUCAGUUCCUAAAUAUCACUUACUCGAACCGCCCUGACCGCGUAGCUCAGUUGGAAGAGCAUUGAGCUAGUAUUCCAAAGGUCGUAGGUUCAAAUUCCUCCGUGGCUGGGCAUAUUUUUCAAGCUCGGCCCGUGUGGAUAUACACUCAGAGUAACAUCACAAAUAUCAUAUUCACCUGAGUACACAACACCAACACAGAAAAAAAACAACAAAAAAAAAACAUAAACCUGUGAUAUUAGAUACUUCAAAGAAAAUAUAACAAAAACAAGCCUAUUUUACACAUUUUGACUUUUGACAUGUGUACAUCACCUACAAAAAAAAACAAACACAAGAAUAAAUAAGACAAGCAGACAGACAGAAGGGUGAUAAUUAAGUGAAUUAAAGCUGAAUUUACAUAAAAAUUAUUAUUAUUGUUAUGGAUUUCCUUUGAAAAAUAAUGCUUUACAAAUAUGUUGGGAGAAUUAUGUUCAAAAAAGUUAAUAAAAAGCCAUGGCAAGUCAACCAGGACAGUCGUAUAGGCAGCAAGCAUUUCCAAUCAACUGAUUACAACUUGCCUCCUUCAUCCAACAACACAUGUCGACUCAAAAAAUAUGCUUUUCCAUCUGGUUCACCUGUACAUUCUGACCCACCAACAUUAACAGCACAUGACGAGGAAUUAAACAGAAGAACAGACCGUGAGACCAUGUCCAGCACAUGAAAAUGAUCCUUCAAUUUCAGAAAAAAAGACCAAGAUGUGCCUCAAGUGAUGAAUUACACAAAAUUACAUCCAGGCUUUAUUGAUGAGGCAUUCUCAUCCCUUUCUCAGAAGGUUGAGGUAAGCAUUAUCAGCCGAGCCCAAUCAAAUACUGACAAAGAUUACUGUUUGGUAAUAGACGCAAUGUCUAUCCGAAAACAAACCAUUUGGAAUCCAGAAAAAGACUCCUAUGGAUUUGUAGACUUUGGAAAUGAGAUUCCUAAUGGACAUUUAGAAAAAUUGGCCACAGAAGCUUUGGUUUUUCUUCUGGUAGGCACCAGAAGUCAUUGUAAAUGCCCAGUGGGAUACCUCUUGGCUGAUAAAAUGAAUGCAAAGGACCAAGCCACACUGGUAAAAAGUGUCUUGAAAAAGUUGCAAAUGCUAAUCUAAAAAUGUGGUCAGUAACAGCUGAUGGCACAGAUGUUAACAUUAGUACAUUCAAAACACUGGGUUGCAAAUUUUCUGGUAACUUUUAAGAAUCCAACAACCAAAGAUGUUUUUGUGAUACUCGACCCUGUCCAUAGGAUCCUUUAUAAUGGGCCAUUCCAUUUAAUAUAGGCACCCCCCUAUUGAGGGGUCUGGAUAUCCUAUGCGGGAGGGGGUUUUUACCUAAAAUUUUUAAAAAAAAUAGCAAAAAUUAGGUGUUUUAGUGAUAUCCAAGGGGGUAAAAACGAUAUCCUAAAGGGGGUAUAAAGAUAUCCAUGGGGUAACUUCCAAAAAUCACAUCCAAGGGGGUUCUAAAAUGUUUAUAUCCUAAGGGGAUUUGGAAGGGACCCCUCAAUAGGGGGGUGCCCGGCUAUAUUUAAUAAAUGGAAUGGCCCAUUGAUGGAGAUGGCAACAUCAUAAGAUGGAAACAUAUCGAAGAGCUUCAGAAUAUUCAAGAACAAGAAGGAUUGAACCUGGCAAACAAACUGUCCUCAAAUCACAUACAAUUUCAGUUACUCUGUUGCAGAUGCGAUUGAGCUUCAUGCAUAUUUAAUAAAUUUAGUAAAGGCACUUACGUGUUUACAACUUUACAAUGCCACUCUGAAUCUCUGAAAUAUCCAUGUCGUUUGUGUACACAUUCAAUUUGAACGAAAAAAUGUUUCAUUUCCCCGAUUUACCGAUCGAAUACACGUAUGAAAAGUUAUGAUUCAUGCUGUAUUGAAUGAAAAUUUAACCGAUUAGCUCCAUAACAAGAGAGUGCCUUCCUUUUCAAAACCUUUUCAAUCACAUGUUGCUAUAAAUGCAUGUUGGUUGGCUGUCGCUGUUCUUCGGCGCCACGCAGGAAACGCGACAACGCGCGUGAAUUUUACCUCCAGACACGCGUGUCUGGAGGUAAAAUUUGGCUUCAGGCAAGUCUGGGCAUGUUCAGUUAAGGUAGCGUUCCAUAUAUUUUAGUUCAAUGGGUACGUUAAACAACCCGAGUUUACAUCAGUGAGAUCUCUAUAUAUAUCUGGAACAAGAACGUCACUCGUUCGGCCUGUGAGAAAAGUGAAGCCAAGAUGGCGGAAUUGACGUCCAAAAUCUAUGAAGGUCGUAAAUAGUCAUCCAUGUCAUAAUAAAUUGGCGAUGUGAAACUGCAUGUGUUUUUGGCUAACUUGUUAAGUCCUGUUUAAUUUUUAAGGUUGAUGACUUUCACAGCGUGGCUCAUCUUGUGUUGGAAAAAGUUCCAGUGUUGAACUCGACAGGAAACAUACCACAGGAAGAAGACGUAACUUCAAUGAAAGUUGAGUUCAAGAUGUCGUCUAAGGUAAGAUUACACCUGAAAGAAUAUUCGUGUGGAAUGACGUUCAACACCAUGGCGGAGAGAAUUAAGGAGGGGGAUUCGAUUAUGUUUUGACCCCAUGAAUGUAUACCGCAUUUUGAUGUGUCCAGUCACAGAGGAGAGACAUACAGAGUUGUAACUAGUGUACCGACUUUUUGGUGCGCAUGCUCGGCAAGUUACCAGAUGCAUGCAUCUGAUUGGAUGACGAUCUGAUGACGACUCACUUUAAACUUGCUGAGCACACGCAGUUGAUCCCAACGGUUCAUCAGCAGUCCCAACGAUUCAUCAGCAACCGAGAAUUUCUUGGUUUUAUGGAUAUUGUUUUCGGAUUUCUGCAUGUCUGGUACCAUAAAAGUGUAACCAUAAUUUUUUAUUGUUCGUCGCAGCGAAACCAAGAAAGUGUUUUGUGCAUUUAUUUAUUAAUGAAAACUGCGCAUUUCGGAUUUGAAAUAUUUCAGAAUAUUUCAUAUAACUAUAUUUCAGAGUACUUGACUUCAAAGUAGAGUAGAGCCAGUAGUUUCUAUUUUGUAUUCUUUGCAUUCAUAUUCCACUAUGAAACAAUUUUCAAUGUUUGGUUCUGCAGUGAAGAUCCAAUUACGUGAAAAAGAUAUUUGAGGAUAGGUGUAACUAUUCAUAAAACAUGCAUAUGAGUUAAUUUUAUAUUGUUCUUUAUCCAGCCUUUCCAAAUUAUGGUUGAUCCGCCUCUUCUGUUGAUACCAGGGAAACGUUUAGUGAGAAAGAUGUAUAAAUUUCGUAUUAAGGUAACGUACAGUUGGGUUAACAUUGUUACACUGGGGGCUUCAUAUGCGUAGGAAUAAACCACGAAUAAAAUAAAUCGAUGUUCAUGUGAUGACUUUGUUUGCGAUCAACUACCAAAAUUCUAAAGUAGAAUAGUCUAUGCAACCAAUAUGAUGUGAAAUAUAGGAUGAACUCGCGAAGUAUCAAAUCACAACAGUGUAUAUACAUAUGUCAUUACGUUUCCCCAAUGACGUCAAUAUUAAUAUGGUACUGUGAGCAAAAGCAAACUGAUUUGUUAUUUUUAAUAUGACUUGAUAAUAUCCCCUAACUUUAAAAACCAACAAAUUUAUAAUAAUGAAGUGAUUCUCCAAGAAGAUAUACUCAUUUUCGACUAUUUUCUAUAUAUAAACGAUGCAAGUAUUACAAAUAAGGCGAAAUCCCUUGACCAUGGUAUAGAAAUUAAACUAUACAUGGCAUGGAUAACAGACCCGCUCAACAACGUACGUUAUUAAUUCAACUUAAAAAAUUGUCUUCUGUCAUCCCUAUUUUGUAGAUAAAGAAUAAUAGUGUAUCAAAAACAUCGUAUGAAUGGGAAAAAUCACCUGUGAUUGAUAUCCAGCCCAAGUCAGGUUGCCUUGGUAAGCCAGAGUAUUAUCACAGAUUAAGUAUAUACCAGAUGUGUAACUUAAUAGGACUACGUGUCCUCAAAUUUCCCUAUAGAUGUACACGUCAUGCUCACGCCAUGACACUUGCUAGCAAAAUGGCGUCCUGAAAAACACGAACUUUUGGAUUUUAUUGCGGCUUUUUUUAUCGAAAUUUAUGGAUUAAACAAUCAAGACCAUCAUUUGUUGAAUGUCUAAAGUUGUUGUAAAAAAGUGUUGUAAAGUUGUUGUAGUUGUUGUAGAAAAGGUGUUGAAAGCAUUUUUGAAAGCAAUGACGUAUUACCAAAUGACGAAUAAUCACGCGAGCGACACUUGCUAGGAAGAUGGCGAUAUUAUGCAUAGUAUUAUCACAGAAUAGAUACCGGACCAGAAGUGUCACUCCUAUGUGUUUUGGCUCAAGGAAAACGUCCGAAAUUUUUUUGCGUGCUAUGACGCCAUCCUGGAGUGCACCCGGCACUUUGUACCUAUGUUUUCCUAUGAAAAACUUCCGUGUGCACUCCAGGAUGGCGUCUUAUGAUGGCGUAUUUUCACGUCAGCACUCGUAAAAUUUCGGACAAAAUAUCGUCUGAGUGACACUUCUGGUCCUGUAUCUAUUCUGUGGUAUUAUACAUGUUCCUGUACAACCUACACCCGGGAUUUGCAGAUUUUUUAUUUCUGAACUGUCAAUUCCCCACCCGCGGGCAAAUAAAAGCCAAUUCUUCACUCCGGGGACAACAUUCACAAACCAUUACUGCACACAAACAUGUUAUCACAAUUUCACAAAUGUCGACCAUUAAGCCAUCGAACGUGUUCACUACGGCUAUGUUACUGUAGUGUUACACGAGACAUUCGUUCUCGAAAUUUGCAACGCACCCAAUCUCUGAUCUACAUGCAGGCAUGUUUAACCCAUUGAGCGCCGGCACUCUCCCCUUGGCGAUUAAAAUCGUCUGGCGUUAGACAGUAAAAUAAUAAAGUAGGACGCACUAGCGCGCAAUACAAUCCAUCAAUCAACGCCAUCUUUAAUAGUCGAGAAACAGCUCGCAGCGGCUGCGAGUUUGCAGGCUAUAAGCCCAAACAGGGUUCGUAGCGGUCUUUGAAAUCCUUGAAAGUCUUUAAAUUUGAAUGCAGGUCUUUAAGGUCUUUGAAAAGUCUUUGAAUUGUGUGAAAAAGUGAAGAAAUCUUUAAAAGUCUUUAAAAUUAAUUCUUUAGUGAGUAUUUGAUCAUACAAUUCCCUAGCUAAAAUAGAUUGAUUGAAGAGCAAGCAAGGUUUUCGCAAAUAUCGACGAAAAGGUACAUUUUUAGAUGUGAUGUGGCGAGACUAAUUAUUGGGCAAAAAUGGUGCUUAUACACUCGCAAUUUUUCGACAGCUGAUUGCUCUCAAAGGUCUUUGAAAAGUCUUUGAAAAUAGGCAGAAAAAAUCUUUGAAAGUCUUUGAAUAUUUUUGGUCUUGGAGACUACGAACCCUGCUCGCUUGUGAACACUACUGAGUAUUGUUCGUUGUCAACCUGGAUCUAGGGCCUUCUAUUUAUAUUUUAGCACUUUUUCACGUUAGGGGAAUUGGUUGUGUUGUCUCACUGCACUUGCAAUAAGGCACUGAUGUUUAAAAAUAUGUAGAAUUCUUAUUUUAACACUUGUUUGUAUCUGCCAUAGAUAUUGACCAAGAAGAAAGCAUGGAAUUAAAUCUAUGCGGGAUACAAGCUGGGAACUUUGCGUCAACAGUGAAAUGUCACGUGAAUUAUUCAACAGAACCCAUAUACGUCCACGUGAAAGCAAACUUCGAGGUAAUUGUCUGGAUAAGUGUUGAUAUCAUGCUCAGCUUUAUCCAAUAAUUGUUUCUUGUUCUUCUGAUGACUUUCAGGGUCCUUUUGUGAGAGUGGAAAAUGCAGAUAUUGAUUUUGGUUUAGUGAGAUUUUCCUGUUCGGCUGUUCAAACUAUAACGAUAACAAAUCUCUCUGAAGUUGCUGCCGUUUGGUGCCUUAAAGAAGCUUUGCCUUAUAAUCUCAUCAAUAUUGACAAGGUUAGUUCUGAGGGCAAUAUUUUUUAUUCAGGAGGUAGCUAAUAUUCUGGUUUAUAGCCCUGAUACAAAACGCCCUUAGCAAAUUAAGCCCCGCCCCGUCCUUUUUCUCUGGGGGAUAGUGGUCCUUCAAUUGGAAGAUGUAAACAACCAUGCAGGGCAUUAUUGUCGAAUGAUGCCGAAUGCACGUGAUUUAUGUCGAAUAUGCAGAGGAUUACAAUACGUAAAUUAAGAAACAAGAAACCUGGAUUGAAAACAAAAUAUUUAUUUUGCUGACAUUUUGCUCCUUGUACUUAGUUAGAUCUUAGGGUGAACCACUCUCCUGUUUUUGACUUUUUGUAACAACAAAUUACCACAAUAUUCGUACAAACAUGAAAAGAAAUUGUCGUCCCAGAGAGAUACGAGUUUAGUGAACCAUACCCAACACGUAACUACUACACACAUACAUGAAACAUCAUGCGUACAACGAUCUUUCAAAGUAUACAGUUACAACUUCUAUCAUUCAAAAAGUACGGCAUCAUAAUUAUUCAAAUUCCAACUUAAUUAAAGCGAUCAAUUUACAAGAAUAGAAAUCAAACACAGAAGUCAGAAAUACACUCAAGCAGGCUAGGAGUUUCGACAAAUCCACGCACAGAUUACAUAACCUUAUAUUUAAAUCUAUUUAUUGGCUAUCUUGUACAUUAUAAACCUGCGUAUUUUUAGGGAUACAAAGAAAUGCCUUCGGAAUUUCAAUUUCGUCCCCAGAAUGGAGAACUUGGAGCGUUUCAGAAAGUUGAUGUUCAUGUAGUUUUCACGCCUUUGACCUGCAGAAGAGUCAGGAGUGUGAUCGAAUGUGAUGUCCUGGGGAACCCACCAAGGUUUAAAUUCUUAUUUCCUAAGGAGGAUUGUAGAAAUAUUGGAUAGCUUUGAGCUUCUUUUAUCACAAUGUCUGAGCAUACAUUGUUUUUUGUGUUAUCCUUAUACAUUUUCAAUAACUUAUAGUUACAUACGAGCGACGGCCGAAGUUCAAAACCCAGAAAUAUGUAUUCUGUCCUCGAACGUUGUCUUGGAAGAAGUGUAUGUUGAUGUGCCAGUUGUGAAGGAAAUUGUGUUGGAGAACAAAACCUUGUUGUCUUCCAAUAUCUCCUGGAAACAGGUCAGUUCUUCGCCUGAGCGGAAUUUGCCCAGAAAGAUGCAUGUAGCCACAUUCCUGGUAUUAUCAUACGUCACAUACUCAUGCAGUCAAGAAUUUGUAGUCCUUUUUUCUUUGCUAUACAUUUUUUUACAAUUUUAAAGUGGAGAUGUUUAUUUCUAUUUCAUGACACAAACUAGGUGAUCGUUAGUCUGCACGAUACAAAACCAAAUUUAUUGAAUGAUCAUGCAUGCGAAUGAUAGGAAUUGCAUCUUAUGAAAGCAUUUUACAUGUCCAUGAGUGGUAAACAAGUAGGAAAAUAAUAUACGAAGAGCAAUUUUUUUAAAAAUUUACUAGUGUCUUGGAGAGGAUUCACAAUUCUGUUCAGUGGAAUUCCAACCCAGUAGUUGUACAAUUGGACCACGAGAACGGAAGAUUUUUACUGUAUCAUUUACUGGAUCAAGGGAAGGUUCUUUAAAUGAUAUUGUUGCUGUAUGUGAAGCACAGGGAAUGGAGAAGUUCAUAUAUUUAUCAUUUUCUGGAACAGUGCGUGGCUUGGAGGUUACGUUUAGAACUGAAACUGUUCACACAGAAGAUCAAAUGUGAGUAUGAAUUGACUGUAAAGUAUAGUGUUUACCUGCCACUCCGAGGAAAACUUGUAAAUUUGGCAAGAAUCUUUAAGAUUGAAAACUUUGGGCUUCAGUUAGCGUCGGUCGCUAUAUAACUACCGUCAUAUAUUGUUGAAACUGAAAGGCCCUUCGUCAGAAGAGUUGGUGAACGCUCUCGUUUGUGUAAUCUAUCCAAGGCCGGGCCAAGGUAAUUGUGAUACACUUUGGCCAUGUAGACCAAUUAAGGCCAACGAUCACAGUGGGCCUAGCCCUGAUCUACGCCUACAAAUCUGGGCCCAUCCCCGCUAGGCCAGUGUUUGUUUACAAAGUGUAGGCUAACAUAGCAAGACUCAGGCUAGGCCGAGGUUUACAGUGUAAACACGGCUUAACGUCUCAAGAUUGAUACUUUACUUUAUUUUACAGAGAUAUUCCAAAAGAGGCAGAUGAAAACCAGCUUAGUUUAAACUACGGAAAGACUGGUCUUGGUGAAACGCCAAAAGCUUUGGUAAUCCUCACUAAUAAAACUGCAAUAGCUACAAAGUUCAACGUUGCAGUGGAAUAUUUUUGUGCUGCUAGAACACCUACUCCACCAACAGGUAAAUUGACAUAAUCAUAACAAGACAGACCGAAAGCGGUGUUUUCUCACUAUAUAUAGUAUUUACAGGAUGUUCAAGGUAGUUGGAUGAGUAGUUACAUGACGUUAUUACUAAUUCCUAUAGUAUUUACAGUAGGAGACGUUUAUAUAACCCACUUGUAUGUGGUGCUAUGGUUCUUCCUUUCAUUGCCAAUGUAUAAAAAUUGUUUUAUUGUUUGUGUUUCUUCUAGAAGGUUCUGGAAAGCGAAAUAUUCGGUAUGUUUAGCACUAAAGGUUUUUUAACAUGUGAUCACAAAAUCAGCUGAACACACACUGUACUGUAUUAUAUUUUUGCUUGUCUAACAUUUUCACUUUUCGUCCAAAUUUAUUACGUACUUCAUAUUUAGAAAUAGUGUUAUCACACUGGAUAUGCGGACAUUAGGCUACGCGCUCAUCUUAAUUAUUUGUGAAAUCAUCUUACCAAAGCAUUUUUAUUUCCUAAACUUCAGCUAAGCAUUCCCCAUUAUAAUUGAUCACAGUAUAUGAAUGUGCCGCAGAAACAGUUCGUAACACUUAAUUCUCUAUGCUUCCUUAAUAUUGUAAACCGAAACAUAUUAAAAGGUCCGUGUCCGCAUCUCCGCAUGUACCCGUAUCCGCAUUUUUACCUAACGUUGCUUCAACGUAUGAUGUAUAGUUAUUGUUUGAAGGAAAUUGAAGAAAAAAAGGAAUGGAUUUUGAAGAUGCAUGCAUUUUGAUUUAAUAGAUUUCUUGAUAAGUAAACGUAUAUCAUCUUUUCAAAUUUGAUAUAACCGUUCUUUUACCCAUUGAGUUACAUUGCGCCCCAAUACGCCCUACUUUGUUAUUUUGUACCUUGUCUAACUGCAGACAAUUUACUCGUCAAGCGGAGAGAGUGCUGGUAUUCAAUGGUUAAUUAAAUUUCAUGACAUCAACACGUGUAAUCAAUAUAAUUUUUAACUUCGACUUCAACUUUGACAUGUGUCGACUUUUCCCGUUGCCUCAAACCAACUCGUUUCUCUUUAGAGGAAAUAGCAUAUUAGCGAGAAGUCCAAACAUUGCUGAUCCUUUAAGUAAGACGCCAACAAAGGCACAAGCAGGUAAGACUCAACUUUUGAAUCCGCUUGCUGUCCUUUUCCUGGAUAUUAAUAGCCGAACGGAAGAAGUGCCCUCGCUCCGGACUGACGCACUGUUGCUUGGUUAGCUCUUGUUCCACUUCAAUAAAAACUUGUCAAUCACUUUCAAAAGUUGUUUGGAGACCUGCAGGGAUGGAAAAAAUAUUUUACUUUUUGGGACCGCAAGAGAACAUUGAAACAUUUUUUGCGAGUAAUCAAGUAAAUUGACACUCGGGCGUUGUAACUGUGUAAACUAACAAGUUGUCAAACUGAAUGUCACGCUAUAUUUUAAAAGAAAAAAAUAAUUUUAGUGCACUGAGAAUCUUAAUAAAUCAAAUUUGUUAGAUAACAUACACCAGGGGUCUGAUUCUUUGGCAAAUUUACAGAUGCCAAAAAAGGGAACCACUGGGGGCGCAAAAUUUUCAUUUGCCAUACAACAUUCUAUAGAUUUAUACACUAUUGCACCAUGAUGCAUGGAUGCACUUAUAAUUGCAUUUGUGAGGUCAUAUAUACAGUACAGACCUAACAUUCUUUCUAUUGGUUAGAAUUUUUGCUCUGAAUUUCUCCUUUUGUCUAAAUUAUUACAAUUAUCUGUUUUUCUUUCUUGGGGAAAUAUUUCCUGGGAGCUCAAAACAUUUUCUGGGCCCAAUGGUCCUGUGGUCCGAUAUUUUUCCACCCCUGGUUGAUCUAUGCAAUUUGGUGAAGACAGCGCGGAUUGAGAGGGAUACAACUACGUGAAAAAUACUAAGCAGAUCGUUGCCAGCGAAGACCCUUCUGCUAUAACUUCACGACGAAGGGGUCUUUGCUCGAAACGCCGAAGAUCUGUUUAUAUUUUUCGGGUAUCUCUGUCAAUCCACAGCUGUCUCAAUAAAUUGCAUAGAUCAACUGACGAUGUUCAAACAACUUUUGAAAGUGAUCGAGAACAUGUUAUCGUCGCUACAUACACUCGCACUGACCGUUCGAGAUUAUAUCCAGUUUAUUAUCCAUAAUUGUUGCUCUCACUCCCCCCAUAAAUAGGGGUCGGAGGGGAUCGAAGUUUGUUAAAAUAGUGGAUAUUUGCGGCAUCUGUCCCAACAUAUUAAAAAAUAAUUGUUGUUUGUUCAAAACUGUUUACACUAUAAACAAAGUUUAAUGAAGAAUAUCAAUGGAAUUGUGUUGUUCUUUAUUUUGUUUAGAUUUUUGUCGUUCUCUGCUACGAGAUGGUCGUGGUGCAGCGUUUGUCUGUCGACCAUCUUGUGGUGAACUGCUUCCUUUUCAAGAACGUAUUAUUGAAGUGACAGCUUACACUGAUAUGUGGGGAGAAUAUUUAGAUCACCUCAUCUGCAAGGU